CAGCCACGUUUAUUCGAAAUGCUGUCCACAGUAGUGGCUGUGCUUUGCUGCGUGGUCAUCGUAACUGGUGGCCCUUCAGAUUUUAAAAGGUCAAACGAGAGGAUUGUGGGCGGAACGGAAGUGGCCAAAAAUGAAAUCCCGUGGCAGGUGUCAAUCCAGUUCAACAACAACAAUGACCACUGGUGCGGCGGCUCGAUAAUCUCGGAGGAAUUCAUCGUAACCACUGCCCGAUGCUCAACUUAUGACCUGAGAGACAUGCAUGUGGUGGCCGGCACCUUGGAGUGGGCCAAGCCUGGCUCGGUGCACAACGUCACUGAAAUCAUUAACUCGCCCGAAUGGACUUUGGGCCCAGACAGCGACAUCUCCCUUUGGAGGGUGAACCCGCCCUUCACCUUCGAUGCCAGCACGAACAUCGUGCGGCUACCUGCUCAGGGCGCACAAUCCACGCCAGGAACCGUCAUGACUGUCUCAGGCUGGGGAAUCACAACAUGGUCUGGGCAAAGAUCGGACUUCCUGCUGAAGGCUGACGUGCCGAUUGUGUCGAAAAGUGAGUGCAACGCCAGCUACGCAAUAUACGGAGGAAUCGGUGCGUACCAGAUCUGUGCUGGAUUGGAACAGGGUGGCGUCGACGCGUGCCUCUACGACACGGGCGGUCCGCUAUUCCUUGAUGGCUUGCUCCACGGCAUCUACUCUUGGGGCUACCACGCGGACUGCGCUGUGCCGGGUUUCCCUGGCGUCUACACAGAGGUUUCCGUGUUCCGCGACUGGAUCGGUCAAAUUACCGGCAUCUGAUUUAUAUCGUAUUUGUGCUUGUGGGGCAAUAAAUUGCU